AUGGUGCCACAAUUAAGAGGAAGAGCCGGAUCAUUAGCAGACCCAAAAAAUUUAAACGAUUUAGAAAACUAUUACAAGUCAAUAAAGAAGAGUAUUUUAGAGAAUCAAUUUGAAUUUAUAAUUAAAAAAAAAGAAAAGAACAGAACAUUACUUGUAAAUUUAAAAGAGAAAAGUAUACAUAUCUAUAAGUUAUCAAAAAGAGGAAAUAAAAAGAAAUUUAAAAAAUAUUUAAUUUCAGAUAUUGAAAAAAUUUUAAAAGAUAAACAAGAUAAUAAAGAAAUUUUGGUAUUUAGAAAAUCAGGUAAAAAAGAAUUAAAGUUAUCAUUUAUAAAUCCAGAAAGAAGGGAAUGUUUUUACGAGUUAAUAUGGUUACUCAUGCUAAAUAAGCCAUUGCCAAUAGAAGAAGAAAAGGCAUCGCACGAUAGAAUUCAAAUAUUUAUUAGCACUUGGAAUAUGGGUGAUGCUCCACCACCAUACGAUGAGGAAACUUUAUCAACAUGGAUACCAAAAAACAAAUACGAUCUUUAUGUUAUUGGUGUUCAAGAGUGCGAAUAUACACCCAGAAAACAAUUUCAAGAGUGUCAGGAUGAUUGGUUUUAUACAUUAGCAUCUCAUUUAGGUCAUAGCUACUAUAGGGUGGAAGGCACAAGUUUGGUUAAGAUGAGAAUAGUAAUAUUUGCAAAAAAAGAACACUACUACAAAAUCAAUUACAUCGAAAAGAAGACUAUAGGUACAGGUAUUGGCAACAUCUAUGGAAAUAAAGGUGCCACAAUGAUAUCACUUCACUUUUUCGAAACUAGUUUUUGCUUUAUCUCAUCUCACUUUGCUGCUCACCAAGAGAAAACCGAAGCUAGAAAUAACAACUAUAAAGAUAUUGUAAAGGGUGUGGAAAUGGGAAAUGACGAUUUGGAUAUUUUAAACCAAUUCAACUAUGUCUUUUGGAUGGGUGAUUUUAAUUAUCGUAUCGAUGGUUUAUUUAGAGAAGAGGUUCUAUUACAUAUCAAAAAUAAAAAUAUUACAAAGCUUUUAAAAUAUGACCAACUUAGCAAUCAAAAACAACAAGAAAAGGUAUUUUUAGGUUUCAAAGAAGAGUUAAUCAAUUUUUUACCAACUUAUAAAACCGAAAGAGGUAUAGAGAAUUGCUAUACAAAUACUAAGCUUAGAAUACCAAGUUGGUGUGAUAGAAUAUUGUUUAAAACAUUACCUUAUUCACAUCCUAUAACUUGUACCGAAUACAAAAGUGCAACAAAAGUUACAACAAGUGACCAUGUGCCAGUAUUUGGCGUCUAUGAAUCAUUUGUUCGUAUGCCUUGCUCACCCAUUCCAAUUACAUUACUUUUGAGAAGAUGUCAAAUUUUCUUUUACGAUUUAAGAGCUGAAGGUUUAGAUCUUGUCGAAGAUGAUCGUCCACCCGAUGCUCAUAUUGUCUUUGCCUCCAAUUCUUUCAUUCAAGAUGAUAUUGUUAUUACACAUGCCUAUAAGAACAGAAAUCCUGUAUUUGGUGAUUUACCUCCAAUCGUGCCAAUCAUCAGUAGACAAAGCUAUUUAGAAACUCAACACUUAUUUUUAACAUUCUUCCAUGAAGAUAUCAAAUUAGGUCAUGCUGCUGUUCCAUUAGGUAUUGGUUUUAACCCUACUCCUUUCUCUUUUAGAACCCGUAUUACAAAAAAUGGUUUAAAUGCUGGUACUUUACUAGGUUCAAUUCAUAUUGUUUAUUUAGAUAAUCCAAUCACCAGUAAUGCAACUAUAGUUGCAACAACCUCAUCUUUAGGUAAAUCGACACCUGAACUUAUAAAUACAUACAAUAGUAAUAGUAAUAAUAGUUCACCCAAUUCUUCAACACCACCUUUGCCACCAAGAACUUGGUUAAUUAAUAAUAACAAUAAUAAUAAUAAUAAUACAACACCCCAUAGUACUUCAUCGACCACCACCACUAGUACUCCAUCAUCUACCACUACAACUUCUACCACCACUACAAUAUAUCCUGCAUAUCCAUCUUAUUUAACAUUAGAACCAAAUUCAAACACAACAACACCUAUUUUAUCCCCAAACAAAAGCUCACCUCCACCAAAUAACGUUAGGGAAUAUUUGGCACGUGGAUUAUCAACUGCUAGUAUUGAAUUGGAUGAUUAUUCUGUAGAUGAUCAUAAUUCGAUUGCUGGUAAUUCACCACCCCAACAUUUAAAUUCGAAUUUAAAUCAACAAUUAGAAAGAAAACAUCAAUUAAGAAGAAGUGUGUAA